AAGAAUGUGAAUUGUGAAUGAGGUGGAUUAUCCAUAAUUACAAGCAUGGCAGCUACCUCAACUUCAUCCUUUCUCCCACUCUUUCCUCUACACAAGUCCAAACCUCCAUUGAUCUUUUGCAAUUCUUCCAUUUCUACACCUCUGUCGAUUUACUUCACCCUUAAUUCCCGCGCAAAGCUCAGCAAUGGCGGUUUUCUUAGUAAUGGAACGAGUACGAGAUCUUCUCUUACUUUGUUAAGAGCUCAAGUUUCUGCCAAUGGAGAAACACAGCCUAUGCUCCCCCCUUUCAAUGUUCUCAUCACUGGUUCUUCUAGAGGAAUAGGUUAUGCGCUGGCUAAAGAGUUUCUUAAAGCAGGCGACAAUGUCAUUAUUUGUUCAAGGACUGGUGAACGAGUAGAAUCGGCAGUUGAAAGCUUAAAAGCAGAAUUUGGCGAUCUGCGUGUGUGGGGCGUUAAAUGCGAUGUGAGGGAUGGGCAAGAUGUGAAGAAUUUAGUUGCAUUUGCACAAGAAAAACUAAAAUACAUUGAUAUAUGGAUUAAUAAUGCAGGAUCUAAUGCAUAUAGCUAUAAGCCUCUGUCAGAAGCUUCAGAUGAGGAUCUCAUUGAUGUGGUCACUACUAAUACCCUGGGUUUGAUGAUCUGUUGUAGAGAGGCAAUGAAGAUGAUGUUGAAUCAGCCAAGAGGUGGUCAUAUAUUUAAUAUUGAUGGUGCUGGCUCUGAUGGAAGACCAACCCCAAGAUUUGCUGCAUAUGGAGCAACCAAACGCAGUGUAGUGCAUCUGACAAAAUCAUUGCAGGCUGAGUUGCAGAUGCAGGAUGUAAAAAGUGUGGUGGUGCAUAAUUUGUCGCCUGGAAUGGUCACAACUGAUCUUCUGAUGUCGGGUGCUACUACAAAACAGGCUAAGUUUUUCAUAAAUGUUCUAGCAGAACCUGCCGAUGUAGUCGCGGAGUACCUUGUCCCGAAUGUGAGAGCAAUCGUUGGCAGUGGAUCAACUAAACCCACCUACAUACGGUUUUUGACUGGUGUGAAGGCCUAUUCACAGAUCUUUUCAAGAAUUCUGUUUGGUGCCAGGAGAAAUAGAUUUGUGCUUGAAGAAUGAUGAGAAGCUUGCAACAUGUACAUUUCAGUGAACUUUUCUCUUCACCCGUACUGUUCGUAUUAGCUGAUCAUGAUGAAUUCUGUAUCCUUUUCAUUGAUCUAUCCAAUGGCAUUUAACUA